UAUAGAUGUUCGGUAGGAAAAGCUUGCGUGUCACAGAACGCUGAGGAACAUUAAACACUGUUAUGGAACACACUGGAAAGAGAAGAAGAGGAAGAAGAAAAAGAAGUUUAAGAAGUAUAAAUGUCUUGUUUCUGCAAUAGUGAGUGGUUUCGGGUACUAACAUAAAAAAAGGCAGAAUUUGGCCGUUCAUCAUUCGAAAUCUCAAAGUGUUUUUGCAAUUAUCAUAAAUUUGUGUUGGCAAGUAGAGAACAUGAAGGGGCUUCCUUCCUGUUCGUACCCCUGAAAAAGCUCUGCUGUUCAAGGGAGAGUGAAUUUUUAUGAACUCUUAGAUUCUUUUUAUCUUUUAUGACACUUAGAUUAUGUCACAAGUAUGCAACACUUUUAAUUAUGCGACACAGAUCUUCAUACACCAUUUCUCACGCCAAUCGCGUCACCUACUUCUAUAUCUCUCUGAAGAACUUGAUAUUCCUCACAGUGCUUGUCGUUCUUCGCGCAUAGAACCUUCACAUUACCCAAUCACUACCGGUAGGGUGCAAGGUUCCCCUACUUUGGUAUUUCGGGUCAUCUGACGUUUGCGCCGUGGGCUGUUGUCCCGUUACUUCCCCGCACGCGCCUACCGCCGCCGCCGCCGCCGCCGCCACCGCCGUCUGCCUCCGCCUUCUCUCUCGUGCGUUGACCUACCUGGCCUCUCACCUGAAACUAGGCAGAAACGCGGUGUGGACACACGGCGAAAUGGUCUCCGGUGAGCUUGGAAUGUUCCUUCAGUAAAUUGUGUUUCCUGCUAGUUUCAAUGUAAUGGAGAUGGAAAAGAAGAGCAAGAAAUCGGCCGCGAAGACGUCCCGGAAGAGCCAGAAUCAACGUGAGAGAGGUGCUGCGAGAGACGUGCUUGCGGGGAAGGAGGCGGCAGCAGAUAACGGAUGCGAUGACGGUGAUGCGGGGGCGGGGUGUAUGAAGGGUAGUGGCGUGGAGGACGUGGCGGGACGUCAUAUGGGAGACGUGCCUUUGAGUAGGGAUGAGGGAGAUGGUGAAUCGACAUCAGACGCAGCAUCAGAGGACAGUCGAGUGUCUCCGGCGAUGCAGAAAGAAAAAUCAGGAUUUAACAUGAAGUUAGAAUUUGAUGCAAUGUCGCUUUUGCUCCUUGCCCUGGGGCUUGCCACCAGGAUGUAUAAGCUGGAGGAGCCCCGUAGUAUAGUAUUUGAUGAACUUCAUUAUGGAAAAUACGCCAGUUUGUAUAUGAAGCAAACUUUUUUCUUUGAUACACACCCACCUCUUGGAAAGCAACUUAUUGCUGCGGUGGCAUACUUUGCAGGAUUUGAUGGGCAGUUCAAGUUUGAUAGAAUUGGCAGUUCAUAUUCGGAAUCAGUUCCUCUGUUUGCAUUACGUCUGGUUCCUGCUGUAUGUGGCAGUUUACUCAUACCCACAGCAUACCAUUUAAUUCUCGAAUUGGGUUUCUCACAAUGGACAGCUGUGCUUGCAGGAUUUCUUCUUCUUUGUGAUAAUGCCAUGUUAACCCAAUCACGAUUUAUUCUUAUGGAGUCCAUGUUGGUGUUUUUUGCACUUUUUGGGUUAUUGUGCAUUUUAAAGUUCCGGCGUUAUCAUACCAAUCCAUUUUGUUUCCAAUGGUGGCUAUGGCUCACAUUGGGUUCAGUGUCAUUAACAUUUGCUCUUUGUGUCAAAUACGUUGGCUUCUUCUCCUGUUGCCUCGGACUGGCCAUUGUAGGCCGUGAUUACUGGAGAAUGCUAGGUGACAGGAAGCGCACAGAUUCUGCUCUGUGCUUCCACUUAUUUGUGCGAAGCUUUGUGACGAUGAUUGUGCCAUUUGUUGUAUAUGUGGGUAUCUUUUACCUGCAUCUCACGGUUUUGUAUAAAGCAGGACCUCAUGAUAGUGUAAUGACAAGUGCUUUCCAAGCCAGCUUAGAGGGAGGAUUGGCAUCAAUUACUCGUGGUCAGCCUUUGGAAGUAGCUCAUGGUUCCCAGGUGACAUUAAGACAUACACAUGGUCGAACUUGCUGGUUGCAUAGUCAUACACAUGUGUAUCCCAUACGAUACCCGGAUAAGCGAGGCUCUUCCCAUCAACAGCAAGUAACAUGUUACUCAUUCAAAGAUGUGAACAAUUGGUGGAUUGUGAAGAGACCAGAUAGAAGUGAUCUUGUUGUAUCACAACCUGUUGAUGCUAUUCGGCAUGGUGAUGUGGUUCAGUUGGUGCAUGGUAUGAGUAGUCGGGCUCUCAAUUCUCACGAUGUGGCUGCUCCCAUGUCACCUCAGAAUCAGGAAGUGAGCUGUUAUAUUGAUUACAAUGUAUCAAUGCCUGCUCAGAAUCUGUGGAAAGUGGAAAUAAUUAACAGAGAUCAAGUAGGUGAAGUCUGGCAUACAAUUGAGUCCUUGGUUCGCCUCAUUCAUGUAAAUUCAACUCAAGCAUUAAAAUUUAGUGGCCGUCAGCUCCCAGAAUGGGGUUUUAACCAACACGAAGUGGUGACGGACCGCAUUCAUAAUCAAGAUGAUACAACAUGGAAUGUUGAGGAACAUCGGUACACUAAAAGUGAGGACCAGAAAGAUAGAGAAAGAGAAAUGGUAAAUGCUGAAAUGAUCCCUUUACGUGCCACUAGUCUGUCUUUCUGGGAGAAAUUUUUGGAGCUUCAGUACAAAAUGUUCUUUGCCAAUCAGGAAAAUGUACAAAAUCAUAUGUAUAGUAGUGACCCUACUGAAUGGCCACUAAUGGUUAGAGGAAUAGCAUAUUGGGUUAGUGCUGAUAGCAACGCCCAGGUACAUUUGUUAGGAAAUAUCAUUGUGUGGUAUUCUGGAACUUUUUUGCUUGGUUUGUACUGUUUCUUGUUGACUUGUUAUCUCCUAAGAAGAAGAAGAUUGUGUCAAGACUUGAGUAAAGAAACGUGGGACAGUUUUGUUACUAUGGGAGAGAUUCUGCUGAUGGGCUAUUUGUUUCAUUACAUUCCAUAUUUCUUUGUUGACCGCACUCUCUUUUUGCAUCACUAUUUGCCAGCAUUCACUUUUAAAGUUCUUCUUUCUGCCACCAUGGUGGAACAUUUAUAUCACUUUUUGAGGGAAACUCUACAAGGAACUGUCAGAGUAGUAGCAUUACUGUUAUUUAAAAUUACUACUGUGUGGUGGUUGUUGGUAGUGUUUGUUGUGUUUCGUGGAUUUUCUGUGCUGAGUUAUGGCACAACACCGUUAACUGCUUCAGAUCUGUUACGGCUACGAUGGAGAGAUUCUUGGGAUUUCAUUGUUCAUCGUCAGUGAAAUUCAUGUUUGAAAUUAUACAAUUGUUGGUCUAGUGGAGGAUUUUAUGCUACAGUGUAGAAACUCCAUGUAUUACAAAGAUAGGCUUUGCACAGAUGUGGUUAUAUCACAGCCUACGUGAGUUGUGUGUGUGUGUGUGUGUGUGUUUGACAUCACAAUAUAAGAAUUUUAAUUUUUAUAUGUAUUCUGUAAAUUAUUCUGUUUUGGUUGUAAAGAGUAGUAAUAUGUAUGGUGAGGUGAAUACAAUAGUAGUUUAAAUGUUUGUCUGUGCCAGUUGUCACAGAAAUAUUUGAAAAUGCUCUGAAACCUAAAUAACUUGAUGAAAAAUGGAAAGAGAAGGAAAUUGAAGUUAUUGACAAUUUUGAUACGUUGAAAUUUAUGUUACUGAGGUAAUAAUGAAGGCUGAGGUUAACUAAGUCUUGCUUUCCUCUGUGUACUUAUAGUUUAAUAUUUAAAUGCACUCAAUUGUCUCAAUGCAAAAUUAGGUAAAAUUAUUUACAAAGUAAUUUAAUGUUCUUUUGGAAAAACUCAUUGAGGAAGACAAAUCAUUAAAAAGUUGUGCAAACAGGGCCUGUGAAAGCACAAAAUAUACCUAUUUAUUUUAUUCGAGUGCUUAAAUAUUUGUUGCAAUCUAUGGACUGACCGUUGACUGGUCAGCACUGGAAGAGGUGAAAGUUUCAGUGGAUGUUAAUUAGGUUUUGAUUGCACCAUACCCUUUUUUAAUGUCCGAUAUUGGGAGGUAUAAACAAGUAUUUCAAAACCACUUUUCAGUGAGCUUAAUGCUAUGCUGUCAAAGCAGCCACAUCACAAGGAAACAAAGACUGUCUACUCUUCUAGAAUAUUUCAGUCUUGAGUAGAAGCAAAUCAGUGCAAAGGUUCCAAGGACUCCUAAAAAAAUACAGAUUUAGAUUAUCAAAGGUUUUGUUUUAUAAUAUUUGACGUAUUGAAAUAAAUAAAUAGGGUCAUGCGUAGAGAAGACAAAGCCCAAAGAAAAAAUUAUCUUAAUUUGUUAUGAAUGUUGCACUGUGUUAGCAAACUGUUUUGAAGUAACUAAUUUAAUGUCUUGUAAUAAAGUUGUAUUUUUCAGCUUUAUUAUCAACAGUGAUGACAAAGAUUGUCAUGUCCGUUACUAUUGAGCCAGUGAUGGUGUAAAUGAUAUUACUGUUCUAUGAAAGAGUUAAGAUGAUAUUAAAGCGGAGUUCAAAAGGAUUAUGGUGCAAUUGCUAUGUUUAUGAACAUUUAUUAGAAUAAUUUAUUUUUUGUCUUUGAUAUUAUUACCCAGUAUGUUCGUUGUUGUUGUUAUAGUAGUAGUGACAAACUGUUGUCUGCACGUUAAAUCUAGGAUUAUGAGGAGUUUAACAGAACCAGUCUGUUUUCUUCUAAUGUCUGCCUUUUGCUGUACUAGCUUAUCAUUCAUUUUUGUGAGAGCUUAAAAUUGUUAAUUGUGAAAUGUUCAAUUCCUUAAAUAUUAUUGGGCAUCAUAUCUUUGUGAGAUAUUAUCCUUUAUUUACUCAGCUCAUCAAAUUCAUUUGCGAAACAUUUCUUUAUCAUUUUGAAAAGUACUUUAAGUACUUUUUUUACUUAAAGCUUGAUAAAGGAAAUAGGUGUGAUAUAUAACAAAAAUAAGUUAAAAUAUUUUUAUUAUUUCCACAGUGUGCGAGUAUAUUUCUCCACUUUAUUUCAUAUAGACAGCAAUACAAAAUAGGGUUGCAUUAAUAUUUAAAGUUUGCCAGGACAAGUACGAAAUUAAGAAACAGGAAAAUGUUUUUUUGUUCCUAUUUUUCAUUCAUGCAGAUCACAUACCCAUAUCAAAUUAUUAGAUUAAACAUUAAUAGAGAUUAAUAAUGAAUGGUUACUUAACAGACCAGAAGCAGUAGAUUGUUUUGAAUGUCUUCUAAGAUUACCUCAUUCCAUUUUCUACAAAUUAAACAUGAUUUGAAUGUGGGUAUUCACAUGAGAAUGAAGAAUUUUCUAACCAUCGCUCUAAUGAUCUCUCUGAAUAUCAAUGUUGACCUCAAAAUAUGACACAUACUAUCAUUAUCAAAAAUAUGCCUUUCAGUUCAGAAAAUCAGAAAUUUCUGUUAUGACAAGAGUUCAUUGUUGAUUCACUUAGUAUGGUUUCAAAUUUUGUUGGUAAGCACAAAUUUCAAAUUUUAGCUAGUUUGUUUGCAAUUUCCGACUGUCGAGAUUGCACAUUUUUUUAUGUAAGCAUUGUAGAGGUGUCAUUGAUUUACCUCUUUGAGAGUUUUUUGGAGUAGUUUGGUAAACUUCAAGAGGAGAUUUAGCAAUGGGAGAUUCACAUGAUUUUAUUGCCAUUACAACAUCAUCUUUGGUAACAUCUUUGUACACAAAAUACUCCAAGAAAUUCUUGAUUUGUAUUUGAGAAGCAUUGUGGAUCAGUUUCUUUGUGACCUCAACAGAAAUUCAUGAAUGUGUUUUCUGAAUGAUGAAUGAUAUUUUUAUUGUGAAGAAUUAUGAUGCUAUCACUCAUUACUCUAACCAUGGUUAUAAGACUGAUGAAAUAUAAUACUCAUUUUUAAAACUUGACCUUAUUUACACCCAUGAGUUGUAAAAUGCAAAACUGCAGGGUAUUUUGAUACCAGUGUAUGAUGUAUUCUUGAUUUAAUAUUGAUUAAACUACCUUCAAGAAUCAAUGUUAUGUCAAGAAUUCAGUGAUUAAUAUCGUUAUUUGGAUGUAGAACCUGGGUUCAGUACAUCCAUACUUAGUGUUGCCUGUGUUUUGAAUCGUUUUUAAACUUUCUUGCCUCAAAAAUGAUAUUCUUCUUUCAAUUUUGAUUUUACAUGGUACUUCAUUAAUGUUAAUACUCUAUAAUUUUGUCGUUCGUUUUAGAUAUUAUUAUAUGGACUGUGGCUUUGUUAUUGUAAAUAUUUGUUUAAUUCAUGUAUAUAGAGAAGUUUUCAUUAGAGAUACAUUUUUUAUUAAACAAGAUACUAAAUAUGAUGUGAUAUAAAUAUAAAGGUUUGCUGCUAUUGCUAAUACUUAUAUGAUUCAGUAUGUGUAAGGCUCAUUUUGUAAAUUUUGAUCCUUUACUGGAGACUUCUCUCAAAAAGCAGCAAUGUUUUUCUUAUGUGAAAGUUAGAUAUAUGUUCGAGAGUAAUAAAGCAGCUAUAUUAUUUAUUUUAAUGUUAUGUACCUGUGCUGUAUUGGUGUAGGCAGAAAGAACAAUAUAUUUUUAUCAUGAAUAUAAUUCAUAUUGUGUGACUUUUCUUCAAAUAGUUUCCAUAAUAUUUAAUUUAAAAAUAAAACUUAAUUACUUCCA